AUGCUGGGUCGGGAGAUCGCCUCAAAAGAAUUUGCCGCUGUUUUCCAAGGGGUAUCCGUCCCAACCAUAUCCGUGGAUUCAAGUUUCGUCGCAGACUUGCCGCCACUCGAUCACUUUCUUGACAGUCUCCCCGCGACUGAUUUGGAGCGGAUAGCGUUCGUCAUCUUCACUUCUGGUAGCACAGGCCGGCCAAAAGGGUGCGUCAGUCCGCAUCGCUCGUUGGCAGCACUGGUCAACCAAGCGCCAGCAUUCCGUAUGAGCGAGUCGACUCGUGUGUUGCAGUUUGCCCCGACCAUUUUCGCCGCCUCAUCAAUCGACAUGUACCUUCCCCUCCUCGUCGGAGCGACUGUGUGCAUUCCCUCGCAACAUGACUUGAUGAACAAGCUGGAGGAGGCCAUGAAUCGAUUUGAGGUGACCUUUGCGUGUAUGACACCCUCUGCUGCUGGAAAUGUGAGCCCCACGCAAGUGCCGGGACUAGAAACUUUGUGUCUCGUCGGUGAACCACUCUUUGAUGCGAUACGAAAGAAAUGGGAGAAAUUCGUCACUCUUUUAUCAGGGUACGGUCUUUCGGAGGGUGUGGGUAUUGCAUGCAUCUCUGCCCUCAAACCAUCAACACAUUCUCGGAACAUUGGUGUCCCGCCUGUGGCACACAUCUGGCUCGCAGAGCCAUUGAACUUACAGCGUCUUGCGCCAGUUGGUUCUAUAGGCGAGAUCAUCAUCCAAGGCCCCAAUGUCAACAACGGAUAUCUCGAUGACUCGAAAAAGACGUCUGCGGUCUUUGUCAAACCACCGCAAUGGUCCUCAGCGUUCUCUUUUGAAAGCUCUUCCCCUUGGAUGGUUCGCCCUGGAGACCUGGCACGGUAUCAAUCCGAUGGUUCUUUGCUUUAUGUGGGUCGUAAAGACACACAAGUAAAGAUCCGAGGGAAAAGAGUUGAGAUCGGCGAAGUUGAAGGAGCUAUUCGCCCUCAUCUGAUUUCAGAUGAGGUGGUGAUUGUGGAAGCAGCCUUUCCCCGAGACAUGGAAAACACACCCGUCCUGGUUGGGUUUUUAUAUGUCCCCACCCAUCAAAAGAGCCCCACAACUCCCUGUCCUCUGCUACGACAACCAGACACCUUUUUUCAAACACAAAUUACCCAUCUUGAUGUUGAAGUACGCGCUUGUCUGCCUGAAUGGAUGUCCCCAGCUGUUUAUAUGCCACUGGCCGAGAUUCCGAAGACUGCGUCUGGUAAAACAGACCGCUGUGCUCUACGUCAACUGAUCUCCGAGAUGACCUGGCAACAGAUGGAGGCAUACAUGAGAAAAGGUGAUGUGCCUCAAGUUCGACCUCGAAGUGAUAUCGAGGUGGCUUUGCACGGGCUCUUUGCGCAAGCUCUGAAUCGAGAUGGAGAGUCAUUUGGAAUCCAUGAGAAUUUCCUCAGACUUGGUGGAGACUCCAUCAAGGCUAUCGCUCUGGUACAGCUCUGCAAACGCGUCGACAUGUCUCUCACUCUUGGAGACAUCAUUGAGUAUGGCACAGUUGCGCAACUCACCCAGGUAGCCGGGCUUGUGUCCCAUGAAAUCACUGAUGACGGGAAACUGGAAAAGAUCCCUACUACUGCUAUCCAGGAACAACUGGAAGCAUUAUGUGUUGUUCCUGAUGAUGUCGAAGAAGUGAACUUGUGUUCCCCAAUGCAGGAGGGUAUUCUGCUCAGCCAAUUGAAAAAUCCUCGACAGUAUGCGAUACGCGUUUUAUAUACACCCCAGCUCAGCAAAGCCACUCCCACUCUGGACAUUGGCCGAUUGUGCAACGCAUGGAGCCGAUUACUUGAGCGCCAUGCUAUGUUGCGAACAAUAUUCGUCACCAAUAUAUCUUCGCACUUGUCCGCAGUUCAAGCUCAAUUAAAGACGGGUUCUGCGCUUCGUGUUUGCCACCAUGAGGAUGAUAUGGAUGCUCAAGAUCUUUUCAGUCAACACCAAAGCCCGCGAGCGCCUAGCGCCUUGCCGCAACUCUCCCUCCAUACAACGCCCAGUGGUCAGCCAAAACUUGAGAUUGAGAUAUCCCAUGCCGCUACAGAUGGGCUUUCUAUGUCAAUCAUCGCUCGUGACCUCGCCAUGUUUUAUAGUGGCUGUGACAUGAAUCCCUCACAGUUUAGGUUUGCUGACUACGUGGAGUAUCAAAAAGCAACGCACAACAGUGAAUCCUUGUUGUAUUGGGAAAAUUACUUGCAAGGUUUAGACUCAAGCCAGUUCCCAACAGACAAAGAUGGACUUUGUCCAGAGUCAGGCCCAAUGCCAGUUCAUCACCGAUACUCGGCUGUUGCGGCAGAUGUUGGACCAACAGAAAUCUACAGCAGUCUCACUCGGGAUACCGGUAUCACUUUGGCGACAGUAGUCAAAUUAGCAUGGUCCCUUGUUCUGCGCACGAUAUGUCGCACAGACGACGUUUGCUUUGGUUACCUCACAGCUGCUCGAGAUGCACCCGUCAAAGAUGUGGUCGAUGGCAUUGGACCUUUGGUCAACUUGAUGAUAUGCCGGCAGCAGUUUGAUCCAAGCUUGACAGUGGAAGUUGCAUUGCAAUCAAUUCAAUCAGACUUUGUAAAGAGUCUACCGCAUCGAAAUGUAUCCCUUGGUGAUAUUCGACGAUCUCUAGGCUUGGAAAGAGACGACCCGAUGUUCAACACCUGCAUUACACAGCUCCCAGUUCCCAGCGACAAUACCAUGGAACAUUCCAUCAUGUCACUUCAAGAGCUGGAACGAAUAGAUCCAACAGAAUUUGACAUUGGUGUCGAGAUUCUAGUCAAGGAGAGCGAAAUCAUCUCAUCUGUCAAAGCUGAUACAGGGGUAAUCUCCGUUGAACGAAUGCGAUUAGUGGCUGGUCUGUUUGGGCACGCGAUGAAGACCAUUGGCACAGACUUACAUUGUGAAGUGGGCAACCUUGACCUCAUUCCUGAUCGGGACUUUACUCUUAUCAAGCAGUGGCACAGCCACAUACCGCAGCCCGUUGAGCGAUGCGUUCACGAUGUCAUUCAAGCGCAAUGCCAGUUUCAGCCUACCGCACCGGCUGUUUGCGCUUGGGACGGGGAUUGGUGUUAUCAAGAGUUAGAUCGCCUCUCUUCAUUCUUAUCUCAAAAGCUCCGAUCACAAGGUGUUGGUGUCCAAAGCUUUGUACCAGUGUUGAUGGAGAAGAGCCGCUGGGUACCGAUUGCUCUCCUGGCAAUUCUGAAAGCUGGAGGCGCUUUCGUCCUUCUCGAUCCAUCACAGCCAGUGGACCGGUUGAAGGGAAUUUGCGCUGAUUUAGGGCAUCCACUCAUAGUGGCAUCGUCGGAACAUCAAGAAACAGCUGCAUCAAUUGUCGGCAAUGUUGUCGUGGCCUCGGACGACCAGUCGUCGGAUGUUGCACCAAAUUCCAUGGAUGCCUACCAUGGAGUGGAAAUUGGCCCACGAGAUGUGGCUUAUGUGGUGUUUACCUCUGGAUCUACGGGCAAGCCGAAAGGCGUUAUUAUCGAACAUCGGUCCUUGUGUACCACAGCGGCUGCGAUGGAACGUCAUUCACCCAUGAACCGAAACACCCGAAUGUACCAAUAUGCGUCCCAUGCAUUUGAUGUCAGCGUUCUGGAUCUUAUGGUAUGUCUGAUGAACGGGGGAUGCCUAUGCAUUCCAUCGGCCUUUGAUAAGCAGAACCGUUUGUUGGAAAGCCUGAAUGAGUUGCAGGCCAAUUUUGUGGCUUUCACACCGACCGUCAUUCGAACACUUCAACCCGAGCGAUUGGCUUACUUGAAAACAUUGAACGUCGGUGGAGAGGUGCUCACGGUCUCUGACGUCCAACGUUGGAAAACAGCAGCACCUCAUAUUAAGAUCAUCAACAUGUACGGACCCGCAGAGUGCACGAUCAAUGUCACCGUCAGUGCCGAUGUUAAUAUCCAAUCUCCUUCGUCGAGUAUCGGACAUUCCAUGUGCAAUUCUCUUGCAUGGGUCGUUGAUCCUACCAACCACGAAAUAUUGCUUCCAGUUGGUGCGGUUGGUGAGCUACUGAUUCAAGGACCAGUGGUAGCUCGGGGCUACCUCAAUCGCCCGGACCAGACAGCCAAGUCCUUUAUUUCACCUCCACGAUGGCUAUCACGCUUCAUGUCGGUCAUACCGAACCAGAAACUGUACAAGACUGGAGAUCUCGUCCAGUAUGCCCCAUGUGGGUCUCUGUUGUACAAGGGUCGGAAAGAUUUCCAGGUCAAGCUUCGAGGUCAGCGAUUUGAGUUGAGUGAAGUUGAGGAGCACCUUCGUCGUGUCUUCCCUGCCGCUCCCGAUGUCAUUGCCGAAGUGGCGGAUUUACCACAGCGGAAGGCGAAAGCCCUUGUUGCAUUCAUCCACCAGGAAGAGUGGGGAACAGAUCAAAACACGCACACGACUUCGAAGUCCAACUAUGAAGACACAGGUCUUGGUUUGCUGCACCCGCCGUGUCAAGCCUUUCAUAGAGCCGUGGAUGAGGCCAAAAUGGCUUUGGCUGGUGUGCUGCCGACUUACAUGGAGCCCACGAUAUAUCUUCCACUAGCUUGGAUACCGCGAUCUCGAAGCGGUAAAACCGAUCGCGGUCAAUUACGACAACUUAUCACCGCGGGUUUGCAUGAAAAGUGGCAAGCCAAAUCCCACAUCCUGACACCAAAACAGAAGCCACAAAAUGAAGUUGAAUUCCUUCUGUGCAGCAGUGUUGCUCAAGUGAUCGGUCUCCCAGAAGUCCAAAACACUCAUGAGAAUUUCUUCCGCCUUGGAGGUGACUCAGUAUCGGCCAUGAUUUUGGUUGGAAUCUUGCGGGAGAAAGGUUAUCAAUUGACUGUUGGACACGUAUUCGAGCAUCCGCGUUUGGAUAUACUGGCGACAAAGAUGUAUCGCAGCAAUUCUCCAAGCUCUGCCAACGUUCCCAAGCCAUUCACUCUAUUGAAAAAUCACUCAGAAUGCCAUCAGAAGAUUGUCCAACAGGCCAUUAAUCAGUGUGGGGUCACCAAGGAUGACAUUGAUGAUAUCUAUCCAUGCUCUCCUCUCCAACAUUCCUUCUUCCUCUACAGCACAACCAAGAGGGGUACAUUGAUUGGGCAGUUUGCAUACAAUCUUCGGUCAGAAACCAACCUCGACACUCUACGCACCUCCUGGGAUAUGGUCAGUGAGGCACACCCGCAGUUACGAACGCGCAUUAUUCAUGUUGAAGGCGAAGAGCAACUUCAUCAAGUCGUUCUCCGCCAGGGGGCUCAGCUCGAAUACCACGAGCCACCAGAUGAGCAAACGCCGACUUAUCUCUCAGACCUCUCGAUACAGGCUGUUGCUGGUCAACCUCUUUUACGAAUUGCUCUGGUGCGCCGGCCAUCUUCAACAGAUCACCGUCUCGUUAUCAGUCUUCAACAUUCCCUCUAUGACGGAUGGUCUCUGGUGUCACUGAUGAGCGAGCUUGAGCGUGCCUACUCCGGCAUUUCUCUACAGCACCUGCCGGUCACUCCUUUCAUCAGGUAUCUUGGGCAGAAUGAUGGAGUUGCGAAGGCAUUUUGGAUUGAAGAAUUGAAGGACUUGCGCGCUUCCAUAUUCCCUCAACUUCCAUCGCCCACUCAUAAACCGCACCCUAGCACCCUUUUGAGUCGUACUGUGACCACUCCAAAUAUCCAUUCAGCUCAGGUCACAUUGUCCACCAAGAUCCAAUGGUCAUGGGCGCAGGUCAUCUCGCACUACACAAACAACCAUGAGGUUGCGAUCGGCCUGGGAACGGCUGGAAGAGGGACCCCGGUUUCCGGAAUCGAAAAGAUUGUUGCGCCAACAUUGGCAAUCUUCCCUUACCGGCUUCGGAUUGAUCCGAACGAAACGGUGAUCGAUGCAUUGCAUGGCGCUCAGCGCCACUAUAGCCAGAUCUUGCCGCAUGAACAUUAUGGCAACCCCAAUAUUUGCGGUCUGGCGACUGGCCCAACUUCUGCGGCAGCACUCCAAACCCUCCUUAUUGUUCAACCCCAAGGACCAGAAAGUCCUUCUUCGCUUUACUCUGAGCAGGAGCUGCUUCCUCAAUCAGGUGCAUUCCACGUGCGUGCGUUGACACUUCACUGUCACCUCCAGCAAGACUCUGUUGAGAUCCUUGCCUGUUAUGAUAAUGCUGUCAUUUCAGAGGAGAGCAUCCUUCGAUCCAUUGCGUUGUUUGAAGUCGUAUUCCGGCAAGUCUGUCAACAGCCUGACCUUUUGGUGAAGGAUUUGGUAAUGACUCUGAAGAAUGACUUAGGGUAA